AUGGCCAGGACGCCUAAAAUAGAUGCUAUAUUGAAGCGUAGAACAGGAAAAGGUGCAAUAAUAGAUCAAGCCACUAGGUGGGGUAGCACCUACUUAAUGAUUCAGCGGCUCUUAGAAAUAAAAAACAGUUUAAUUGACAUGGCCAAUCCAGACAUAACCUUGACUGAUUUGCAAUGGCGACAGACACAUCAAUUAGAAGAAUUACUUCGGGAGCCCUAUUUAGUCACCAAAAGGUUACAGGCACAAGAUUUGACACCAGGGUCUUUUUAUAAAGAGUGGAAAAACCUCAUUUAUAAACUUUCACAAUCCAGUAGCAUCAUUGCAGAUGCUAUAAAAGCAUCUAUGCUGCGCAGAGCAAAAUGUCUCCUCGAUAACCCUGUAUUAUUAGCGGCUAUUUAUGUUGAUCCUAUGUACAGGGUUACCCUAAGUGAAGAACAGCUCAAUAGAGGAAAGGCAGCGCUAUGUGAUAUAGCUGUUCGAAUGCACCGUGGAUCACGAGCUACACAAUUUGAAGACCAAUCAAUCUGUGCUAGUGGGCCUUUAAGGAACUCCUCUGAUUCUGGUUCCGAAUGCGAAAUAGAUUUUGAAAAACACCUUGACAUUGAAGCCAAACGUCGUCGAACAGAGAAGGAAAGUAGAAACUCAAAUUCAGAUCUAUCACCGCUUUCCAAAUUCAAGAGAGACUUCUUUUAUGCUUUAAAUGAUGUAGAAAAAAUAGAUCGCUCAUAUAAGUUGGAUAUUCUAAAAGCCAUCCCAGAAUAUCCAGAAAUAGUUCAAAAUGUGGCAUAUAUGGUGACAGCAUUGCCUCCAACCCAAGUUAGUGUGGAAAGAUUGUUUUCGGCCCUGCGGAUAAUUCGUUCGGACCUGCGAGCCUCAAUGAAAGAAGAUUUAGUAAAAGCGAUACUGUUCUUAAGAACAAAUUCAUUUUAA